AUGAUGCUCGACUCUCCAUGCAUUCGCGUCCUUCAAGCAAGCGUCGAUCCGGAUGGUGAUAGCGAUUUCAGAAUCCUGGUCAACGAUUCGGUCAAAUACAUCACUGUAGACGCAGGUCUUUUUGGGCUUGAUGAAAUGUGUUUUGGUCCUUCGUUGAUCAGCCUAUUACCUCCUCUUCCUCCAGGCGAAUGGACCCAAGCCCGUGUGAGCCGCGAUCCUGUAGCCAGCAUUGCCCGCUUCACUGUUGCCUCAGAAACAACACUCCCAGGGAUCACGAGUGUUUGGCACCCCACUCGCGUCAAUCAUCUGGAUCUUGAGUUCGGCACAAAACUGCGUUCGAACGUUUACGAGGCCACAUCUAAGCGGUUCCCUCUCAAGGUGGUUGCAAAGUUUGCUCGAUUUCCGUGGGAGAUCCCCAGGCUUCAGGCAGAGACAGAGGCAUACAGAUGGAUAGAGGGCCACCAGAUUGGUCCAAAAUUUCUUGGUCACUUGACAGAAGGGGCAAGGGUCAUCGGUUUCGUCAUGGCUUGCAUCGCCGACUGCCGACCGGCCGCUUUGGAAGACUACAAGACCUGUCGCUCAGCGUUGAUGAAGUUGCACAGGCUUGCAAUCAAACACGGAGACAUCAACAAACAUAAUUUCCUCAUCCGUCGGGAAAUUGCUUUUCUUGUUGAUUUCGAAAACUCUUCGCAGACAACAGAGACCAAGGAACUGGAACUUGAGCUUCAGUGUUUGCAGGACUCCCUAAAGGACGCUUCUCACAGAGGGGGUAAACGUGUAGAGACGGCCACCGGAGCGUACACUCAGUAA